GAUUUUCGUAUUUUCGGUUGGAAAAAUCGCAACAGAGAGUUUUAUUGGUGAUUAUACAAAAUGGCAUCGAGCGCAAAUCGCUCAAGUGAUGUUAUUAUUAUUGAUGGGAGCAUAAUGGAAGGGGUGAGAAGAACUUACCAUUCACCAAGACAGUUCCCAUAAAAUUAUCUUUUUGAGAUAAAUUUUUCGUUAGUACGUACUGCAUGCGGUCAGUUCAUAGAUUUUGAGUUUACCUUCAUUGUGUUAUACUUCACGGCUAUUAAAUCUGUCUUGACUAUUUCUAGGGUGGUCAAAUCCUCAGGAAUGCCGUGAGCUUUGCCUGCUUGUUAAAUUCUGCAGUUUGUGUUGAAAACAUCAGAGGUGGAAGAUCAACACCAGGACUGCGAGCUCAACAUAUGACUGGUAAAAAAUAAAUGGUUAAAUAAUGUGAAUUGUCCAAAAUACCUCUGGCUUGAGACCAAAACAUUUCUUUUCAAAGGACAAACCCACACUCACAGUGUAAGGGGUCAAAUUACAUUAUGUCGCUCCAGUCAGCUGGGCUGAGAUUGCAUCUUAGCUUGCUGGAAAAAUCUUCUUGAAAUGAUGUUUGAGCGUUUACAUGAAGAGUGUCAGCCUGCUGUGAAACUAAAGGUAUAGUUCAAAUAAAUUGGUCAAAUGGGCUGAGAUACCCUAUGCAUUUAAAAUUCUCCCAGGGCUGAAAAUAACUUAGAUGCGUGCAUUGAGAUUUUAAACCAUACCCAAUUUGCAUGUGAUUUUUCCCGGCAGUGCACAAUUUUAAACAUUGCACCCGGGAUGAAAGUCACCACAAGUGAUCAUUUGAUGAAAAUACAGCUUCAUACACUUAUUUAUAAGUCGGCUCACUAGUUAUAGGGUAGGACGGUAGGUAGAUAGAUCGAUAGGUAGGCAUGAAAUGAUUAUCAAGGGAACUGACAAAUAAGUAUGAAGUUUUAUUAUUUCUAGGAUUGCAGCUGAUUAGAGAUAUUACUUCUGGUAAACUUGACGGAGACAAAAUUGGUUCUAUGUCUGUCACUCUUCAUCCCACAAAUAUUGGUUCAGGGACCUUUAUUGCAGAUACUAAAACAGCUGGGUAAAGGAGUUUUAACUGAUUUUAUUUUGGUUUUGUUAUUACUGUCUGAUUUUCUUUUGUUUCUGUGGUCGAAAUAUGAAGACCUCAAUUGAGUUGUAUUCUUGCUCUUCUUGCUAUGUUUUUAAGCAGGAGUUUAGCUUUUUCUUCUUCAUGAAAUGUGUAAUAUGUUUUGCCAUACUUUUGUCUUGCUCUACAGCCAAAGCAAUGCAAUCUUAUCCCUAGGAUUUCUCAGUUUUGUCCCUUUUUCUGGUGAUUAUUCUGUACUAUUGACAUCAUUUUCUGGUUAUCAUAAACAUCUUCCAAAUUUGGUUGAUGCGAGCUGGUCAUGAAGAAAUUAUCAGCCAUGGGAAUUGAGCCUAUCAGAAAUGAAGAAAUAAGUUAUUUGGAAUGAAUAACAAUACAUGAUAAUGAAACAAAAGAAACUAUCAUUCAAGCUAAUUAUAAAUUUUACCACAACAUAUUAAUGCACAUUAAAUAAAUAAAAUUUGGUUUUCUGCAGGAGUGUAUGCCUGCUGAUGCAGCUUACUUUACCCUGUUUACUCUUUGCACCUGCUACAUCAAAACUGAUUCUUAGAGGAGGAACAAAUGCAGAAAUGGCUCCACCUGUUGAUUUCAUGACAGAUGUAAGUUGUCAGUCAUUAUUUAUGAGGUCUUAAUGCUCAUAUUAAAUAUGUCAACUUGUGUCAGCUAGCCCCUGCAGUGCCAAAUCAAUGCAACUGGGAUGAGUUAGAUUUUAAUGAUCAAUAAGGUAUAUUCCUGUUGAACAAUGUGACUAUUUAGGUCACAAAAUUAAUUGUUAAUGGGUGCGGCCCCACUUGGCAAGUCAACCGGGUUAUAGUUUUAGCAAAACCCUGUAAAACAUUCUUCACAAAGUCAUUCAAUGGCACGUGUUUUUUUUUUUUUUUUCGCUUGCUUCGGUCGCUCAUAAUGCUCACCUAAGAGUGACUGACAAAAUUUGUCCCCAUAUUACUGAUAAAAAGAGGUCAACUUCUUAAAAGUUUUAACUCAAUUGUGUUAAGAAAGAAAAGCUGACUUUAGAGGGAAAGAAGGAAUUUAGAAACUGUGUUGCUUGUGUGCAUGAUAAGCCAAAAUUUGGACCAUUCUCACUUGAGGCAGAGAUGAUGAUCGACUGAUUGAUAAGGUUAACCUGUGUUAAACUACCUCACGAGGUGGUUUUAAAAAACCUAACUUGGUUAAGAAAAUCUAUUGUUCUUGCUUGAUUUGCAUAACCUGGUUAAAACUUGGUUGCAAGACUAUAGAAAACCCGGCUACACGCGCAGUUUUUUUUUUAACUUUAAUAAGUUAAUUGGAAAUUACUCAGUUACACAGUAAGUCCCCAAUUAAAGUGUGGUUGCAACCAAUGUUUACGAGCAGUUGUUGAGUUUUACCUCACUCUGAUCUCUUACAGGUUUUAAGGCCUAUUGUCAAAAAGUUAGGAGUAGAGUUUGAGUGUGACAUUGUCAGAAGGUAAGUUAUCUUGCUGUAAUAGUUACUGUGGCUUAAAUUCCUAAUGGCUCUGAUUUAAAGAGGAUUAGACAAAGGGUGACAUGGAGGGGUAACGAGGAUGGCUUCAUAAAACUCUGGCACUAAAUUUCCUAAAACAUGGAGGUCAAUGAGGAAGUGUACACUGUUCCUCCAAUGACAGACAUUCAAUGGCGACAUUCAACAAGAAACAGAACUGAACUGACCUGCCUAAGUAUACAAUGUAUAUCCAGGGGUAUAAAGUCAUGAUGAACAAGGGUAAACAAGAUUUUUUUGAAGGUCAGGAAGUAGGGAACUUUUCUUUGCAUAAAGUGAGGAGAAAAUAGUUCUUAGCAAAGUUAGUGAAAAGUCAGCUAAUUUUUCUUUCAGGAUGACAUUUGGUUUCGUUAAACCCUUAAGACAAUUGAAGAAGAAGUGCCUUUAUAAAUUAUUUACCAUACAUUCAAGAUCAUGCAAGCAAGCUUUGUUGAGUUUUUUGACAAUCUCUGCUUUAUUCUAAAUAGAUAUAAAUUCUGGAUUGUACAAAAAAUGCUUGUAGAGGAACUGAAAAUGAAGAGACAAUAAUAUUCAAAGCCUGCAAAAUUAACCAGCUUCAAAGUUGGUGAAAGUUAAUUUUUUUUACAGUCCUGGUAAAGUCAGGAAUUGUAGUCAGAUAAAUUAGAUUUUUUUUUUUGUUCAUCAUUAAUAUGAUUUUUUUUUGUAGUCAAUUUCCAGCAACACUUUCAUUAAAGCUGUAUUUUUAAUUCUUUUUUUUCUCUUCUGCAAGAGGUUAUUAUCCUAAAGGAGGAGGUGAGAUUCAUGUGACAGUGAAGCCAGUCAAACAGUUGAGACCUUUACAGUUACUGGAGAGGGGAUCAUUAACAAGAAUAACUGGACGAGCAUUUGUUGCAGGAAGGCUUCCUUUCAGGGUUAGUUAUAGUCUGCGUCACGAACAUAAUUAAACCUCGGUUUAGUAACGUCUGCAAAGCAGCGCUGAUAUCCUUGUUCUGGGCCCCAAGGGAUUCAAUGAAUUACUGGAAGUGCAUUUCGAAUUUCCUUUUACCUUGAUUGGCACGUUGACAGUGGCUUUUUCAACAAACUAAUCCUGGUGCGUACUUAAAUCCUGGUACACACAGGUGGGAGCCCAGCUGCAAGAACAAGGAUUUUGGCGCUGUUUCACAGACAGACUUAACCAGAGUUUACAGUUUCAUCUGUUUAGGUUAGUUAACAAUAAGCCAUUUCUGACUUAUACGACAAACCUUCAGAAAGAACUGGACAUCAGUAGGGAAGGGGUUCUCCUCUUGCACGUUAGUUUGGACCAGAGUAGACUCUGUGCAUAUAGUCACUUGUGUGUCCUAACUCAGUGAAAUACAUCAGAGCACUUGAAAACUGCCAACUGUGCAUGAGGAAAGGUAACCCUAAAAAAAUGAGAGAUUACUCCAUAGAAAAAUGGGACCAUAGAAAAAUGGGAUGCAAGGUAAAAGAUGGAAAGGGAUGGGAACCAUGAUUGUUACAGUAUGAAGAUGGGAAAUUUAUUAAAAAGAGGUGUAUGCCAAUUUAAGAGAAGUGCAUUAUUAGGAAUUGAGUCAGGGGCCAGGAUCAGGUUUGAUGGAAUUAAGAACAUAUAAAAGGGGUCAGGUACUAAAUGGGAAGGGACUGGCAAGUGGAAAGUGGAACAGAAGAAAAAAGGAAGUGGGAAUUGGGUGAUAAGGGAAGGGAAAUGGAAUAAAAAAGUGGGAACUGCUAGGUGGGAUGGGGGUGGAAAAUGGAGCUGGAAGAGAGGAGGGUGCAAAGGGGUGGAAGCUGGGGGAUAAGUUCAAUUAAAAUGGGAGAAGGAGUUAGAACUUAGAAUAGAUACAAUGGGAGUAGGAGAGAAGAUGGUGAAAUAUGGUUGGGUAGAACUUUGGAAAAGGAACGGUUGCAAGCUGAGAAGAAGAUGGGUGUUAAUGGGAGAGAAUUAGUGGCAACUGGGAGAAACAGAGAUGGGAACUGGGAAAGAAGUGUGUGACUUGGGAGAGAAAAGGUGGGAACUGGAAGAGAAAGGGAUAAAAGCAGGAGAAAAUGGAUGGGAACUGAGAAGAAAGAGGAUAAAAAGUGGGAGAAAAAGAGGUGAGAGCUGGAAGAAAAUGGGAAGAGAACUGCUGGGAAGAUGUUUGUGAAAAUGGGAUGGGGAAAGUGAGAACUGGAAGAAAAAGGGGUUAAGAAUUGGGAGCUGAAGGGAUUAGAACAGGAAAGGAUAUUGUUUGGCGAUGGGGGCCUACAUGAUACAUUUUUUAUAAUAAAAUUAUUGAAGCCAAAAUACAUUUUUUUAUUAUUGAUGUCAAAAUAACCUUAAUACUCAAAACUCUCCUUAACAUGUGUGUUCUAAUAAUAUUGAUCUACAGAUAGCUCAGACCAUGGCCAGAGAGGCAGACAGAGUUUUAAGGAAAAAAUAUCCUGACCUCAGUGAUAUUAACAUAGAACCAGUACAAGAACCUCCUGAAAAAGCACAUGAAAGUGGAACAGGAAUAAUGUAACUCUUUCUUCAGCCAUUGGUAGCUAGCUGAAUAUUCAGUUGACUCCUUGACUUCAUCUUAAUAAUUCAGAUGAUAAUAUUAAGCAGCCUUGAAUUUUUUUUUUUUAAAUUUAACCUUUCAAACCCAAUAGUGAUCAAAAUCAAUUUUCUCUAACCAUAUCCAUAUUGUCAAGUGCAACAUCUAUGAAUUAAUCAAAUGAACAAAGAUGAUAUCAAGGAAAUGUAUAGAGAUCAGUUUGGAGAAUUUGUAUGUGGAUAUUGGGGCUUAAAGGGUUAAGAGAAAUUACUAGCCUGAAAGACCAAUAUAUUAUUGAAAAAUAGAGGACAAAAAAGAAUUGUUUUUUAAAUUAUUGAUAGUUUCUAGGACUCUUCAUGCAUUUAAUAUACCUUUGUCAUUUAAGUGGAUUUUUUUCCUUCCGUUUUAUUCUAAUGCAGCCAUGUAUGAGCCAUUUUAAAAAUGCCUGGUUAAUUAGAUGAUUAAUGUCACCAAUGCUUAUCAAUCAUAAUAUUAUGCCUCCUUGAUUGAAUAUGUAAUAAUACAACAAAUUAUUAUUGUGAUGUUUCUUCAGGGUCAUGGCUGAAUCGUCAACUGGGUGUAGACUAGCUGGAUCAGCAAUUGGAAAGAAAGGUGAAUGUCAGUUUGUUAUUGGUUUAUAUAAUAUACUUCAGCCAAUUGACCAGUGUAUCUUCUGCAAUGGAGAGGUAAGUGUGGCCGAGCGGUUAACAUUCACGAACUUCACACCUGGAGGUCCAGGGUUCAAUCCAAGCCCACUGCUCUGUUUCCUUAGACAAGGAACUUUACUCCACUUUGCCUCUCUUCACCCAGGUGUAUAAAUGGGUACUGGUGACAUACUGCUUGGGGGGUAAUCCUGCAAUGGAUUAGCAUCCUGUCCAGGGGAGAGUAGCAAUACUCCUAGGCAUGGUUGAUGCUACAAAAACCAGGAUAGGUUCCGGUCAUUUGGGGCUUUGGCUCGUGUGUGCCUUUACCAUUUUUUUUAUCUUCUACAAAGGUCUGUUUGCACAUGUAUUGACUUAACCCUUUAAGUCCCAAUAUCCACAUACAAAUUCUCCAAACUGGUCUCCAUACAUUUCCUUAAAGAAUGAGUUAAGAGAAUUUGAUGAAAGAUCAAGGUUUUUUCUCAUUGGUGAUCAUUUUAUUAAUAAUAUUUGCAUAACCUAAUCUCUUAACAAUGUAUGGAUAUUGUUAGGAGAAUAUUGAUGUUGGUCACCAUUGGGACUUAAGGGGUUAACAGGUCAUUUUUGAGUUGCCUUAAGCCUUUUUUUCAAAGCAAAGCUAAGUGCAAAGCCAUUGAAUAAAAAUGAUUUUUUACUCUCAUGCAAAUGAAACUGAUUUUCAUAAGAAAGGUUUUUUAGUUAGCCUUGUUUCGAAGGUGAAAGUGUUUGGAACUUGGAAAUAGCCUAUUGACACAACUGUACAAUCACAUGACUGAUCCUCACCCUUCCCCUACCCCUGCAUGGAUAUCAUAUCUUUGAUCAGCCCUUGUGAUAUUACUGUUGCAGGAGUCCCAGCAGAAGAAGUAGCGAGAAAUGCUGUUGAUGAGCUGACUAGUAAUCUUCAGCAUAACAGCUGUGUUGAUGAACAUUUGCAAGAUCAGGUGAGUAUACCAGGAAGCUUAAACUCUCUUUGAGGCUCCGUGUACUUGCUGUGGCUAAAAGAUUGAGGCUAGACUGCGAGCAGUCUCUCUUUUGCUCAGAAAUCUGUCACAAAGCACGAGAGGUAUGUAAGUUGUGUGGGUGCCACUAUGCUCAGCUGACUGCUUGCAGCUCACACAUUCACACAUCAUGCUCUCUCACUGAAGCCUCUGCUCGCAGUGUACAAUACGGUUACUAGAGACCUUUAGAUUCUGAGACCAGUACAACUACGAGUACCAGAUGUUCUCAAUACUAAGUAGGGCUUGCGUGUGAAUCUGCAUCAUUUUAGCGGGAAAACAUGAUUACCGUUGUCAUUCUACUACGAGUUUUAGCUACAAUGUCUUGGUAACAGAAACAAGUCAUAAAGUGUUAAAGGUUUUAUCAUUUUGCAGCUGGGAGAUGGCUUAAGCUCCUUCAGCAAAGAUACAAGAGCUAAUUUUUUUUAGUGAAAAAGAACUGCAAUCAAGCUUUUUGUGGUGUCUAUAAUUUAAGAAUACAUGAUCAAUCUUGUACUUGUUAUGGUUUAAUUUUAUCCUUGGUUUAGAUUUUAUUUCCCUUUGUUUUGGGGUAUCAUAAUGUAUGAUAAUGAGUUUAAAACAAAGGGAAUGAAAUUUAGGCCAAGGAUAAAAUUAAACCACGACAUACUCGUAGUCCUUCUCAUCCUAGAAUGUAAAGGUCUCUAAUAUUUGAGAGACUGCAUACUUGUAUGAAUGUACAGAUUUAUCAUUUCAUUCUUUUUUUACUUUAGUUGAUCAUUUUUAUGGCAUUGGCCAAAGGGCAUUCCUCUCUUAGAUGUGGGCCACUGACAAUGCACACCCAAACGGCAAUUCAUGUGGCAGAAAAAAUCAUGAAGGUCAGCCCAUCUUACUCUUGCUUGGUUUAAAGCAUAAUUCUUAAGUCAGUCAAGUGGGCAAGCUGCUCAGGCAGUAACCUAAAUAACUGGCAUUUUUGUAGUAAGCACAUGUUAUUUAACAGAGAAUGAAGUGUUAGAUUGCUAUAAUUGCACAUAAGUAAGGGGAGACAUGGCCAACCUAAAAUAAGGCUCUAUUUUUUUGCACCUUUUGGCAAAGCAAAACACAAUUGUAAAAUUGUGUCAGAUUAGCCAAAAUUUGGCCUAAUUUCAGGUUUAGUCACUGCCUUCAAGCAUGAUGUGCAUGUAAGCAAAAUCACACUAGCUUUCCCAUGUCUCACUUCUGUGCACAUGCAAUGAGUUUCACACAAGCUCAUGUAUUAAUUUGUACUCCCUACUAUAUAAUCCUGAGGAAAACCAGGGACUCCUCAUAGUUUAACUAAUAUCUUGGGAGGCAUUUCCAGUGUAUGAUACAAAAACGCCUGUUCUUUGCUGGUUUAAGCAAGCCCUUAGGAAAUUAAAACUUGGGAGAGCUCACAGUAUAUAAAUCUUCAGGCUCCAUAUGGUCUACACCCUUUGCAAGUUAGCACUUGUAUUCCCAGAUGUGUGUGGGGAACAACAUUUAUCAGCUUCUUUUGUACCUCAAUCGCUGUCAGUAAAAGGCAACACAUUCAAUAACCGACCCAUUCUUCUACCUUAUCAUCCAAAGACAUUUACAACGUUAUUUGAAUCCAGGGUUUCGCAUUAGUAGGUUGCAGUAAAUAGAUAAAGUAAUACAUAUAGUCAGUUGCUAGUUGCAGUGGUUGGAAAUAUGUGGUGUUCUAUUUUGAAAUAAGUACAUUUUAAUAGCUUUAAUUCCUUGAACAAAUAAACACUUCUCAUGUUCUUUUUGAAUCUCUCCUUUAGGCAAAAAUCCGGGUUCAACAACUCUCAGAAAAGGAAGGCUGUAUCAUUGAAUGUGAUGGAAUAGGGUUACAAAAUCCACAUCUCUAA